AAUUGACAAAUGACAAUUCAACCAAACUUUGACGUCAUUUAUAAAAUUUAACAAAAAAUAUUUUAUUUCAAAGCAGUUUCGAGACAAAACAAACGAAAACUAUAAAAAUCGAUUAACUUUACAAUGGCAGAUCCUAAAUAUGAAAACCUGCCUGGUAUCGCUUACGACCAACCUGAUGUGUACGAAACUGGCGAUCUCCCGGAGGCUGACCAACCUGAACCAUUCGAGGAAGAGGAAAAUGAGAAUAUUGAACAACUACAUCUCUCUGUGAAGGAUUCCUUCAACAAGUUUAAAGGGAAAUUUCUUACUGGAAAUGUUGAUUUCUCUGAUAGACUAAGUAGAAAAACAAGAAUCGGUUACAGGGCUGGUGAAUGGGAAUUGGCAGCAGAAGGUGAGCCUGAGACUGUACUUGAGCGGUACAACAGGCUGCGCUGUGAGUUCUCAGAGCUUCUGGAACAAGUUACAGAGCAGAAAGAUAAAGCCACUGAAAGUGAAAAGGAUGAACAUAUUAAGCUGGCAGCUCACAUAAAUUCUACAAAGAAACUUCUUGAAGAGUUGAAGUUAGAAGAAGGGGAACAGAUAGAUCCUAAAGCUGAAAAACUGAAAGAAUAUUUAGCAACAAAUGCUAAGAAGAAUGCAGGUGAGGUUGUGACAGCGCAGCUCAAACUGAAACCGGAGGUAAACUUGGCACAGACCACACGAAUUGCACAACUUGAAUACAGAUUACACAAACUGGAGCAAGCUGCUGGAGUAAGAGAUGAAGAAGCUUUCAGAAAACUUCAAAUUGCAACUGGAGAGGCGACACUGUGCGGUGCGGCGGCGACCCUAGCUGCGCGCGCGGCGUUACUACGGCCGGCAGAGCUCGCGGCGGCAGACGCGCGCAUUGCUGCACUGCUCGCCAACCUUGACACCCUGCGAACUGCACUUAAACCUGCCAACCCUGAACUGGAGGCCAAGGUAAAUGAGCUACACAAGCUGCUCCAACAAGUUGAUGGUGUAUCACAUGCUGAGAUACUUGAGCGAAUUGAGGCACUUGAAGCUUUACACAACCAUGCAAAGAACUUUGGCAAAUCACUCGCCGAGUUAGAAACCCUGCAAAGUACAGUAGCAAGUGGUGUACACAAUAACAAGGAGCUAUUACAAGGCGUACAGGAAGUGUUUGCUCACAAUGUAGAUAAUUUGCAUAAAGAGAUACGAAAACUUGAUGAGAGGAUCUCCAAGCUCGCUGCAGCCUGAUGCUUUAAUACAAAUGGCAGUGGAAGUCAUAGUUUAUAGAAUUGUCUAUGUACAAGUGAAUCUUAAUAUGCUUAUAUACUUAUCAAUAGAAUUUAUGAAUGUUAAAGCAAAUUUAAGAAAUGAAACAUAAGAAAAUUUUGUCUUGUAUGUGAAUAAUAAAUUUAAUGAUUUGGAAGUAAAGUUAUAAUAGAUACACUUGCAUAGAUAUCACUCAUAACUCACUAAUGCUUACUUUUUUUCUAUGGAGAUUGUGUUGUGUUUGAAAAUUUUCUUUGCAACUCUUUGAUGUAUUUAUUAAAUGAGUUACAAUUGGCUCUUAUAACUUGUUUUUUCAUUAAUUUUAGCACUAACUUAAGUUUAAUAAAUAUGUUUAUAAUACAUAACCAAUGUUUUAGUUAUUCUUGGCAUCUAUUUCUUUAAAAUCUAUGUCAGUUUUUCAAAAACUUAUGAAAAACCCAAGACAGUAUUUAUG